AUGUCUUGCAAGAUCAAAGGCAUCUACAAAGGUUUCAAGUCCAUUUCCCACAUCUUUGCUGCAAAGGAGCGAGAGAUGGAAAUUGGGAACCCGACAGAUGUUAAACAUGUGGCACACUUCGGCUGUGAUCACCCUUCCACCAUUGCUCCCAGUUGGAUGGAUGAAUUCAAGAUUGGUACCGACAGAACUGCAAAAUCAACCGACGGCAAGACCAGGGUUUCUCAUCCGAUAACUCUUUCAACACGGCCCUCUCAUGGUAUUGAUCAAUCGAUGGAGUCAGAAACAGCAACAGAGAUGAAGAGAAUCCGGUCUUGCACCGAUCUUCCGAGUGUUACGAUGAAACGAAGAAGGAGAAAGAAGAGCACUUCCUUUUCCGAGUCUUCUUCCACGAAAUCUCGACGACGAUUAUCGAAGACGAAGGCAACAUCCUUCGAAAUAUAG